AGUAAGACCGCAGGGACUUCACAUCCCUAGGAGCCUCCCCGGAUUUUGGACAAUUUCGCCUAGACUUCAUCCCCCCUGAGAGGAGCGUGAGUGAGUUUUUAAGAUAAAACUAACAGCAAACUUGGAUCUUCGACGGCCUACAACUACUUUUGUGGUUGGAUUUACCCCGCAACCGAUACUGCCAAAGCUAUGCUGGCUGGUGUCACCAGCGCGUUUUCGCGCUUUAUCCAAAGCGGUACUAGUAGACAAAGAAGUUCCUUGCAUGUGUGUAAGCGUGUCACCACGAGCAGAGCAACACCUGCGGCCACACAUGUUGAUAGAAGUUUUCACGGUUUAAUUUUAGGAGGUGCACAUCGAGGACCGCCGUCACGAAUGCUACUGCCACAGUCAUCAGAGUUGUCAACACCUCACAGUAGUCAUAGUGAAGGAGGUUGUUCAGCAGCAGUGAAUUUAUUUUACCGCAGUUUUAGUAGUAGUCUCAGUAGGUGGCAUAGUAUCCAUACGGGCCAAGAUAUUCGGCUAUCUAGUAGACAAACACGAAGCAAUACCGUAUUUUUUACGAAUCCUUUACCAUCUGCUUCCCUAACGAGUUCUUCUUCUUCACAACAUUCAUUGUCACUUCAAUGUUUUAUUUUGAGCGAUAGUUACCCAGUGGAUGUAGAGCUGCACCCGUUCUUGUCGUGUACGUCACAAAGACGUUUUUUUAGCAUAAAGAAAACCUCCUCAAAAAAAAGCACAACCACUACGGACUACGGCCUCAAAAAAAAGCACAACCACUCCCCGGCUACAAGACAAAAACAAGCUUCUAGAAGUAGGAGCACACCUAGCUCAAGUAAAGGUAAAAGGAAAAAGUCCUCCUCGUCUCCUACCUCUAAGAGAUCGUAUUCUAGCGCUAGUACUACAGCCCCGAGCAGUAGAAGAAAAAGCUCCCAAGAAACUAGUGCUUCCCUCCCGGGGGGCGUAGCAGAUAGUCCAAGCACAAGAGCAUCUUCAGGUGGGAAAAACAAGAAAACAACGUCCUCUAGUCAGAAAGGAGAUCAACAAAGAGAAAAACGGGCUAGAAGUACUUCAUUAGGAGGAAAAAAAUCUAGCAAGAUGCCGGAAGCUUACUCGGAGAAGGUUCUAGCGAAGCCGUACAAGUCCGGGCAAAACUCGUGGGCGUCGGGGCUGUGCAUCGGAACCUACCUGGAUGGCACACUAUGCAUUGCAAAUAUGUCCUCUGGGUCUGGAAACUUGUGAUGCAAAUCCGUGAACAAUAAGUGCUCUGUAAUGCGCCGCCAAGCAUGACAAGUUUUUUCGUGCUUCUGUGAUGCGUAUUUCGCAUGAGAAACUGCGCUUUUGCAUGACCGGCAAGAGGACCUCUUGGUGGCCACGCAAUACAGAGUACAGAGUCAUGCCAGACUAGCAUGACAAGUCUCGCAAUCUCCCGACCCAGACAUAUUUGCAUUUGAUACACACCCUGCAUGGACAAGAGGCAUGCCAAGUACUUGGCCUACUGCAAAAAAUGCUGCGAUAAGGGAGAUCCAAGCUUGUCCGCCAUCCCGCACCCAAAAUUCGGUAUAUUUUGUGCUUCGGUGCUGUAUUCAGAUUGAUGCAUUCGAUUCUCUUCCUCAUGCCGAAGCCAUAGCGAAAAUCGAGUGAGUGUAGACGUUUGUCAUGCAGAAUAAUGAUGAAAUUGUUUGAAAUUGAAAAAAAAAUCCAAAAAUUGAAACAAUCACAGGAAAACAGUUAGUAUGCAACCGAGAUUUGCCGAAGGACUACGUUAUGGCUUUGUGGGGUGACGUGCAGGCAGAAAACGAGAUGAGCGAGGUAAUGUUGAUUUUUUUUCUGCAAUGAAUGAUUCUGCGGUUUGUCAUGCGAAACUGCGUUUUUAAUGUAGCCGUAGCCCGGUUCCGCGGCUGACCCUGACGUAGUUAGGGUUUUAGGAUUUAGCAUGUUCUUUAGGCUUCCUAUUUCGAUCUUUUUAAUGCCAUUGACGCGUUAAAAUAAAUACUUAAAACAAAAACAGCAAGACGACGAGUGGGGUUUUGAAACGCAUGACAACUGGAACAUCAACCCGGUGAAGCACCCCGGAUCUGUCUUGCAGUUUUCCCAGUGCCCCGGGCCGCACGAGAAAAUCUCGAUCAAUUUUGCGAACCCCUACGUCCACAUGGAACCGUUCAAGAAGAAAAACGUCCCGAAAUCGCAGCGAAAGGAGAAAUAUGCGAGCAUGAUGUUCAAAACCGUUGCACCGGUCCCGAAGGGAGGGCAGCUGAACAUGAUGUACGCUGUAUGGAAAGGAAAUAAAUCUUGCACGACGACGACAUCAGCGCUUGUUUUUCUACUUCGUGCUGCUUCAGAAUUUGGCAUGCGGUAUUUGAUUUGCAAGAAACAGGCAGUGAACAAGAGUUGUUUUCUCAUGCUACAUAGUCAGUCUGCCCCACGCUAGGCAAUCUCGUCGAAUAGCAAGCUCAAGAAAAAUGUGCAUGAAUAUUUUGUCGUGCAACACUUUAUUUCCUCAUCAUACGAAGGAUCAGAGAAGGAAACGCAGGGCUUUUUUGAGGAGAGAGGGCUGACGCGGUAUAAAUCCUGAUUUGAAUGUAUGACGAUGAUGUGUUUGUCUGCACGACAUUGUGUUUCUGUUUGUGCUGCAUGACAACUGAAAACGACAAUUUUCUUGCACCAACAAACCAGAUGUGAUGUGUGGACCCCGGCGAAUCCGACUUUUUUGAAGAAGGGCGUCAGGAUUAAGGAUCUCAUGACCGAGCCGCCAGUCGCCAAGUCCAAGCGCGAGGAAGUGCAGGUAUAAUGUUGAUGUUCUGCAAUGGGUAUUUAUAUUGUGCAUGAAUUUGAGAAUUUUUUUUUUUCCCAAGCUGGCUUUUGAAUGCAUUUCAUGCAAUACAAAUUCCAGGUGGUCAAGCAGUCCAAGAUGAAGCCGGCCGCGGGCUGGGGCGCAAUCAAUCUGGACGACCCGAAAUACCGCAAAUACGAAAUCGGUGAGUCCCGCGUUAUGUCCUCGAAGAGCGAGAAGAUGUCCGUCCACAAAACCGAGAAGAAGUCGAUGGCAAUGGGCGUGAUGAAAAAGGGCGCGAAGGCGAAAUAGUGCCUUGGGCCGGUUCUUGUUGUCAGAAUAUUAGAUUAGUUCUCAUCUGAAAAAUAAUUGGAGAUCAUCAAUAAAAUCGUUCGGACAUUGAAACCGUUCACCUGCACUAGUUUUUGUAGCCUUAAUUUCAGUUAUAGCAAGGUAAAAAGAGUAAACAGUAUUAAGAUUGACUAAAGUUUCGACGUGUGAUGUCCUCAACUUCAAAACUCAUCCUAUUUUCGCUGAUCUUGUCAAAAUAGUUGUCCUCGCAAGCAAGGGCCCCAGAGAAGUGUAUUUCAGUAACUCGAAGUGGACCGCAGCUGGUCAACAGAAGGGUAGCAGAAACAAGAAGAGCUACUGCACUCUACUCAGCAUCAUCAUCCGCUUCGGGUUCGGGAGCGUCGAAGAUGAAUUUUACGUACAAUAGUAAACCUGUCUUUUAAUAACAAGCUGUCGAAAAGAAAGCUACAGUACCUAUACGAUAGAAACCUACGACCAUUUAUUAAUACUGUAGAUGUACAGAGCCUUUAACAAAUAAUCUUCGUUCGCGCACGAAGAUGAUAGUUUUUAACUCAUCAACGUGCGUGCCGUGUGCUUCGGAAAUUUGAAUUUUUCAACAAGAAAUAUCAAUUUUCUUUGUAGAACUAGAACCACGAAUUUUUGAGCUUCAGAUUUGAGUAGCAAGGAAACUCAAAUUUUUUUGUACACAACUUUUUCGCAAGAACAAUUUUUCACAAGACGGGCAUACUAUGCAGCUUGUGUCGUGUGCUGCAGAGCCAAUUCUUAUGCACUGUUUUUUAGUCUGUAAGAGUAAAUGCCACGCGGGUCGUCGUGGUGUGCUGCGAUCCUCACACCACGACUGCAACUGGGGAAGGACUUAUUUUGUCUGUAGUGCUAGAACAGGCAAGGGAACCUCGAUCUUUUGAAGUGCGAGGCCGUAGUAAUCAUCUUCUGGAGGUUUCAAUAAGAAGGGCCACACGACAAACGUCGAAGUCGCACAAUGAAUAGCACCUUUUAUUUAAGAACAAGACCUAUGUAUGCCCGCUGCCCAAGGUGGAGGACUUACUACUGGUACUACUGCGCCGCAGUAGUUGCAGGACUUCUGACACGACUGCACGAUAGAUCAGAAAAUAAUUCACAACUAGUACACGUUUCUUAAGAGGAAAUCUUCAUCUUCACUUUAGUUCGCCCCAGGAGGAAGCCCUCGUUGUUCAUGUGGCACGAGGGUGGCGAUGGAGAAAAUUUUUCGAGUUGUGCUUUUGAAAAAAAUUUCAACAAGGUUUCGAUACAAAGCAAAUGUGAAAUACCUGACAGAAGAACAGCA